GCAGCUAUAUCGACUCACUGCAAAUAUAGCAACACAAAUGUCAUGGAUGCGUCUUUUCUAAAGCCCACAAAGCGGAAGUUGAGUUUGGAGCGAUGGAAUUUUAUCUGACGAGAAGAUUGACGACUCGUUUUUGUUGACGUACCACUAUUUUGAAAAACAAAAAAAACGGAAGUGGUUGCCUUUCGCGCAUGCGCAAAGAGAUCGCGCAGCGGCAAAGACUUUGGCGCCAACCAAGAUGGCGGACUGAGCGGCUCUGGCUCUCCAGUUGAGUUUGGAGCAAUGGCGUGAAGAUUGAAGACGUGCUAGAAGAUGGACGACUACUGCUAUGCUAAGAUGGCGACGUCAUGUCAAAGAGAAAGUGAAAGAGAAUCAGCGCCACCAACUUCCAGCAAAUCACCAACGGAGAUAAAGAUAAAAACCGAAGAUGAAGACAUCCAGCAGCUGAUUAGUUAUCCAGAGGUACUUCCCACUGAGUCCUGGGUAGGGCGCUGGACUCUGAAGCAGGAGGAUGCACAGCCCCCCCGCAUCAAAAAGGAAGAGGAGGAACUUUCAAUCUCUCAGGAGGGAGAGUGUCUUCUAAGGCCGCAGGAAGCUAAACUCACCAAGUUGCCACUGACUGUUGUCUCGGUGAAGACUGAAGAUGACGAAGAGAAACCACCUGAGACCUUCCGUUGGUUGUGUCCUGCAAAGAACCAGCAGCCGAGUAGUCAUCAAGAAGAACUUCCCUCUGAGCUGCAGUGGGUUGAUUCAAACCUGAAGCAAGAGAAUCCACAGUCACCCCAAAUUAAAGAGGAAGAAGAGCAUCUCUGGAUCACUCGAGAGGGAGGGUGUCUUCUAGGAACGCAGGAAGCUGAUCUCAACAAGUUGCCACUGACUGUUGUCUCUGUGAAGGCUGACGAUGAUGAAGAGAAACCACCACCAGACAACCUCUUAGCUCCACUAUCAGAUAGUGAGGCUGAAGACGACGAUGAGGAACCUUUGAGCAGCGAUACAGACUGUGAAGGUGAUAUGAGGACUCACACUGACAACAAACAUUCUAAAAGCUCUAAAGUGAAACAUAUGAGCUACAAAAAGUGUUUGACCCGACAGAUGAGCACACACACAGGAGAAAGACCAUUUAAUUGUUCAGUCUGCGGUAAAAACUUUACUCACAAGAGCAAUUUGACGCAACAUAUGAGAACACACACAGGAGAAAGACCAUUUAAUUGUUCAGCUUGUGCUAAAAAAUUCACUCACAAGACCAGUUUGGCUGAACACAUGAGAACACACACUGGAGAAAAAACAUUUGAUUGUUCAGUUUGUGCUAAAAACUUUACUCACAAGACCAGUCUGAUUCAACACAUGAGAACACACACAGGAGAAAAGCCAUUUGAUUGUUCAGUUUGCAGCAAAAGCUUUUUUCAAAAGAGCCAUUUGACUGGUCACAUGACAACACACACACGGGAAAAAUCAUUUAAUUGUUUGGUUUGUGCUAAACACUUUACUCAAAAAAGCAGUUUGACUCAACACAUGAGAACACACACGGGAGAAAAACCAUUUAGUUGUUCAGCUUGUGCUAAAAACUUUACUCACAGGAGCAGUUUGACUCAACACAUGAGAACACACGCAGGAGAAAAACCAUUUAAUUGUUCAGUAUGUGGUAGAAGCUUUUUCCAAAAGAGCCAUUUGACUGGACACAUGAGAACACAUACAGGAGAAAAAACUUUUCAAUGUUCAGUUUGUCUUAAAAACUUUACUCACAAGAGCAGUUUGACUGAACACAUGAGGACACACACAGGGGAAAAACCAUUUAAUUGUUCACUUUGCGGUAAAGACUUUACUCACAAGGGUAAUAUGACUCAACACAUGAAAACACACACAGGAGAAAAAACAUUUAAUUGUUUAGUUUGUCGUAAAAGCUUUUUUCAAAAGUGUCAUUUGACGAGACACAUGACAACACACAAGAGAAAAGACAUGUAGUUUUUAUGUUUGUGAUAAAGGCUGUUUAAAGACAAA